AUGGCGAGUAAACCCCUCAAAGCAGCUAUGCUACCCUGUAAAACUGUUUGCUCCCAGGGUGAUCAUGGCUAAGCAAUGAUCAGUGUCUUUAUUUGCUGUCUUAGAAUUCUACAUAUUUAUGCAGCUAAAGGUAUGAGGGCGUAUACGUUGGCAGCUGCAGAACGAAUGAAAGAGCUGCAAAGACUUGAUGCCAAGGAGCACAGAGGAAAGACUCCUCUGCUGGUGGCUGUCACUGCCAGACAGCCAGCUAUUGUCUACGAUUUGAUCCAGAUAGGAGCAGAUGUUAAUGCUGUAGACAACAAAGGGCAGUCAGCUUUGCACCUCGCUGCAACAUAUGGCUAUGCCCAGGUUCUCCAGGUUAUACUGUCAUUAGGUUUCCCUCUUGAUUUAGAAAUGAAGGAUUUUGAAGGCCAUAGCCCGCUGCACUGUGCCGUUCUGGCCCAUAACGCCCUGCUCCGGGAGCAGCAGGGUCACCACACGAUAGUGGAGGAGCAGCAAAAGGAUUUUGAGCACCAGAGGGAAGAGCUGGAGUCCUGUAUCCAUCUCCUGGUGCAGACGGGAGCUUCCAUCUACAGCCGGGAUGUGAAAAGCAACAAGACAGUUCUUCAUUAUACAGUCCAGGAUGGAAACAUCUCCCUGCUGAGAUACUUCUUGGAGCUGAACACUUUCAAGUCCAAGGAUUUUGUCAACAACAAGGCUCACGGCAACACAGCUUUGCAUAUGGCAGCUGCAUUGCAUCGUGACAAGAACCAGAAAGAAAUCGUCCAGUUGCUCCUUGACCACGGGGCAGACCCAAGCAUCCGAAACUUAGACAACGAUCAGCCAAUCCACAUGACUCCUUCUGGGAAAGCUGGAGAUCAGAUUAGGCAUUUGCUGAAGAAAGGGAGAGUUGCAUCUGCAUUUGUUUCCUGUCACCGAAAUGCCAGAUCCUAG